GCCGGGAGCGCGGCCGGAAGUGGGGCGGUCGCCUUGGCAACGCGGCCGUGCGGGGCGGCGGGCGGCAGGUGUCCUGGGAAGCAAUGGCCACAGCAGCUCUUCUGAACUCAGCACCAGCUCACUGCUACGUCCCUCUGAGCACCGCAGCCCCUUUCUUUCAGACAAACGCCGCCGCCAUGCACGUGACCCGGCCAAAAUCUGCCAAGGGACGCACGAGGUCGGCCUUCGGUUACUCCGGGAGCGUGAACGCCUACCCCUGCGGAGUGCCAUCGUCACCAGCAGCUCCCCACGAGUUCGGGAGCAGCCUGAGAGCCUCGUCCACAAAACCGGCGUUCCCACCUGGCCACGUGUCGCCGGAGGAGAUCCCGGAGCUCCUGCAGCAAGUGCCCCUGAGGAGCUCCUCCUCGCUCAACAAGUACAGGGUGCUCCCCUCCAUCGGCCGGAAGGGCGCGGCGGCAGAGCCGAGCGACCAGCACGAGGUGAGCUGGGGGCAGGAGGGUGCUGAGGAAACCCCAGCUCCUUCUGGGGAGCGAGGAUCUGCCAGGGGGCUGUCAGAAACCCACGUCCCUGGUGGAGAGAGCUCGUGUGCUCAGCGUCCCCCCGAGAAGCUGGGAGGGAAAACGAGACGGGGGAGCCCUUCGUUGUCAACCCUAAGUUUGGAAGAACCGCUGCAAAAAGAGCCACAGCUGCUGCUCGCUGUUCGGUCUCCCUCCGGUCAAAGAUUUGAACAUCGCUUCAAGCCCACAGACAGCCUCCGGACGGUCCUGAGCGUGGCGGAACAGAAAACGGCGGCCAAAUACGAGCACUGCAGCGUCGAAAUCGUGGAGGUGCCCCGACGGAGCUUCCCCGACCUCACCCGCUCCCUGCAGGAGUGCGGGAUCCCCCCCAGGUCCGUGCUGUGCAUCCGCCGGGCCGAGCAGCACGAGGCGGACCCGUAGGCGCUCAGCGGGGCGCGAUGCCUCGCUUCUCAACCACCGCAGCGUCGUUUGGAGCUUGCUGACUUCCAAAAAUUUCCCUCGAAGCUGACUCGCGUGCAUAAAAGGCGCGUGUUGAAGUCCCACCUCACGUGUAGGUACCUGCUGCGUAUUAACGGAUCUUUUUUCCAUGCGUGUGAUUACAAGUUCCUUCCCGAGUGCCGCCAACGUUUGGCCUUUUUGGUUUUUGAAAUUGCUGAUUUUCGUCUCUGGAGUUUGUUCUCUUCUCGGAGCAGGAGGCCUCUUCCGUGUCCUUUUUGUUUGUUUCAGGAAGGUGCCACUUCCCAGAGGGGAUUACGUAUUUGGGAAGACGGAAGCAGAACUGUUUCACCCUGUGGUCGUCUUCGGUAGCUUCAGGAGGCUGUCGUCAGCCUCAGACAUCUCAAGAGAGGCUGUAGCUGAGGUCAAAGCCGAAAACCGCCAGAAAAUAGCAGCAAGGACGCGUUGGAGCUAGCAGGUGAUUGCCAAGUAUUAAAACGUUCCCGUGAGGGCUCAGCUACUGAUGGAAAACCUCUGUGCGGCUUUUAAGUGUGGCUACGUCACCCUUUUAGGAACCAUCGGCUGCUUUUUGGUUGUAUUGCUGAGCGGCAGGGUCUCCUCCUUAGUUUUUCUUCUCUGAUUCAACUCCUGUGACCCAUAGCUAAGAGUAGAUGGGUUGUCAGGACGGGAUGAUGCAAAAUACUCCAUUUACGCUGAAAUGAGUUGGUCUUCAAGUCUAGCAAGUGCUGCUCUGGGAGUUUUUUCUCGUUAAAUGUAGUACUUGGAGUUGACCGAGGACUUGGCUCACCCAGCAGCCCGGAUUUUUACCAAACUGCCGUGGCUCUCGCAGAGGGGGUUCGUUAAAGAAGGCUGAUAGGGUAACUCGGCAGGUUUGGGGGUAAACGCAACGUGUGUGUGCUGAAAAAACCACGGGUUUCUGUUGGAAAUUGUAGUGGUUAAAGAGUCAUUUAAAAAAAAAACGGACAGCUAGCCCCACGGUUCGAAUAGUGUGAGGUCAAACCAAGGUUUUUUACGUCAGUGUAGUUCCAUCAGUACAAUCACCAGUCUUGCUGUCAGGAAAAGGGCCCUUUGGCAGGAGAGGUGAGCAGCCGCUGCGUUAUCACAUUUACCCCAGCUGUAAAAACGUGGGGUUCGUGGCACCGCUGGUGACGGCCGCAGGAGGAACAGCAAACCAGCAUUAGCACGCAGGGACUGGCACCUGACUUUAUGUACGUUAUACGGCUUCUGGUUUCAGGAUGUUUUCAUGUUGCGUGAGUAAAAUUAAUAAAACCUUUUUUGGCUAAAGUUUG